ACGUUGCGCGGCUAUGUGAAUCGCACAUCCACUAAUGUGCCAGUUUUACAAAUGGAAAGGGGGUUUCACUUUGGCAACGUGAGCAUUUCCCUGGUGCUCCUGCUGCUGCUGCUGCUGCUGAACGCGUUGACGGGGGGCUCGCAGAGUCGGGGCUCCGCCGUCGGCCGGGCGCCGCAGCCAGCCGCCCUGGGCUUACUCCCCUCGGCGGAGGACGGUCCAGGAGUUAUGGAGAACGGCCUGGAGAACAUAGCGGCCCCACUCGUCCAAGACGUCACCGUGGAGGACGAUGACAGCGGAGCCGGCGGCGGGGAGGGCGACGAAGCCUUCCGAGAAAGUAGCGGAAACGUCAGAUCGACCAGGUCCCUUGUGAUCAUCAGCACCUUGGAUGGGCGGAUAGCUGCUCUGGACCCCCACAACCAGGGCAGGAAGCAGUGGGACCUGGAUGUGGGCUCAGGGAGCCUAGUGUCCUCCAGCCUCAGCAAGCCUGAGAUGUUCGGCAAUAAGAUGUUCAUCCCAUCGCUGGAUGGUGCCUUGUUUCAGUGGAACAGGGACAGGGAAAGUAUGGAGGCAGUGCCUUUCAGCGUCGAGUCCCUCCUGGAUUCGUCCUUCCGCAUCGGAGAGGACACCGUCCUGGUCGGGGGCAAGUCUCUCACCACCUACGGUCUGGGGGCCUACACCGGCAAGCUGCGGUACAUCUGCUCGGCGAUGGGCUGUAGCCGAUGGGGGGAAGAGGAGAUGGAGGCCGAGGAUGUGCUGCUGCUGCAGAGGACUCAGAAGACAGUACGAGCCGUCCGGCCGCGCUCGGGACUGGAGAAGUGGAACUUCAGUGUAGGAAACUUUGAGCUGAAGUUCGCCCCUGACAUUCAGUCAGGGAUGAACUUUUUGGAGGGGGAGGUGGUGAACAGCGAUGUGUGGAGGGACGAGCACCGGGAGAGCCAGCGUGUCAUCACGGAGGAUCCCAAGGAGAGGGAGAAGUCGGAGAACCAGCAGAACCAGAAUCUGGACCUCGUUAUCAAGGUGUCUGUUCCAGACUGGAAGGUGAUGGCCUUCAUUAAUAAGCCCGGUGGACAGCUGGUAUGGGAACAUCAGUUUUGCACGCCCAUUGCCUCGGCCUGGCUAGUGGUCGGAGAUAAAGUGACUCCCAUCAGCCUGUUCGAUGACACAGCCUAUAACAGACAAUCAGAGACUGACGAAGAGGAGGACAAAGACAUCAUGGAGGAGGCCAGAGAGGCUACACAGUCCAGCGUUUACCUGGGGAUGUACCAGGGGCAGCUCUACCUCCAGUCUUCAGUGAGGAUCACUGAGAAGUUCCCCUCCAAAGCCCUUGGGUCAGAGAAGGAUGUUAUUCCACUGCCCAUUGUCAAAUGGAAGCCCCUCAUCCAUUCUCCGUCCCGGACACCAGUCCUGGUGGGCUCGGAUGAAUUUGACAAGUGUUUGAACAAUGACAAGUUCUCCCACGAUGAAUACAGCAACGGUGCUCUGUCCAUCCUCCAGUAUCCGUAUGACAAUGGCUACUACCCUCCCUACAGCAAGCGAUACCGAGGGAAACGUGAUAGUGCUGUGAGCCUGAUAAAGAGGAAUGGGCCGGGGGGCGAGAGUCGUCGGAGAAAGGACCCUGUUCUGCUGCUGCCCUGGUGGAAGGAGAUCCUCGGCACCAUUGUCUUCUGCAUCGCCGCCACCACGUACAUAGUCCGCAAGUUCUUCCACCCCCCUGCGCCCGUCACCUACGUCCGGCAACGCAAGGAGUCGGAGACACAGUGCCAGACAGACAGCAAGUUUGACCUUGAGGUUGUGGAAUCCAAAGAGCCGGUUGCCACGGAGAUGCGUUCUAAUGAAUAUGUGUCCAGGUACCUCACUGACUUUGAGCCGGUGCAGUGCCUCGGCCGCGGGGGAUUCGGCGUCGUGUUUGAAGCCCGCAACAAAGUGGACGACUGCAACUACGCCAUCAAGAGGAUUCGACUACCCAACAGGGAGCUUGCCCGUGAAAAGGUGAUGCGAGAGGUGAAGGCCCUGGCCAAGCUGGAGCAUCCCGGCAUCAUCCGCUACUUCAACGCCUGGCAGGAGAGUCCACCUGAUGGCUGGCAGGAGGAGAUGGACAACAGGUGGCUCAAAGACGCCAGCACCACUGAUUGGCCAGUGAGCCUACCAGACCACAUGGAGGUGCUGUCGGUCAAAGUUCCCGUGUCCAGCUCUGUGUCUCCCGUCCAGCUGUGUGGCCCGAGAGGGGACAGCUUGGAGGCAUCUGUGGAUGAGCGGGUCCUGCUGUAUGGCAGCACCAGUGACGCUGAUGCUGACGCUGAAGGAGGCCUGUCCUUCCGCCCUCUCCUGGGCCAGGACAGCUUGAUGUCGGAGAGGGACAGCCAGGCUGACCCGGAUGCCUCCGACAACCCCCACUCCUUCGAGCUGUGCCCCCCGCGCGGCCUGGGCGAGUGCACCUCCUCCUCCUUCGACAUCGUGUUUGAGGACUCGGGUUGUGACCGCGACGCCGACGCAGACGCCGACACAGACUCUGUCUCCGAAGUGGUCAGUCCUGGCUUGCUGACCAAGAAGGCCAGCUCUUCUUCCUCAACCCGUACCCGGAGUCAGGAACCCAUGUCGGCCUCCCUGCCGGUCUCCUCCUCCCCACCAAGGCCCACUUCCCUCACCCUGGCUGUCCCUGCCAGUCCGCCGGCCCAGCGGCCUCAUCCCUCACCUAAGGUCUACCUUUACAUCCAGAUGCAGCUGUGUCGAAAAGAGAACCUGAAGGACUGGAUGGCCCGGCGCUGCCUCGCGGAGCAGAGGGAACACAGUCAGUGUCUAGACAUCUUUCUGCAGAUCGUUGAAGCUGUAGACUUCCUGCACAGCAAGGGACUCAUGCACCGGGACCUCAAGCCCUCCAAUAUCUUCUUCACUAUGGACGAUGUGGUGAAAGUGGGAGACUUUGGCCUGGUGACGGCCAUGGACCAGGAGGAGGAUGAGGACGAGCCCGGCGUUCUCACACCCAUGCCGGUCCUGACCCGGCACACGGGCCAAGUCGGUACCAAGCUCUACAUGAGCCCAGAGCAGAUGUCUGGGAACUCGUACUCCCACAAAGUGGACAUUUACUCUUUGGGCCUGAUCAUGUUUGAGCUGCUUUUUCCUUUCCGUACCCAGAUGGAAAGAGUACGGACCCUGACGGAGGUGAGAACGCUCCAGUUCCCCGAGGUUUUCACGAAAAACAACGUUCAGGAGCUGGCCAUGGUACGAAGCAUGCUGUCGUGGAGUCCCAGCGAACGUCCCGAGGCAGCCGAGAUCACAGAGACUCCCCUCUUCCAGGAGCUGGAGCUGCCUUGCCGACUGGCCCUCAGGCAGCGCUCCCGCACCUACAGCGCCUCGUCCAUGGGCCGCCCCACGCGGCAGUCGUCGACCACCUGACCACUAGGGACUACCACAGUGCAAAAAUCCCUGACCCACAAUCCUCUCCACAACCAACACCCAUUCUCAUGCCAGUCUCCCCCUCCCCUCCUCCCCCACUGCCUAAGAAAAACAAAACGUAGUCCCCUGCCAUCACAUGCCAGAAACAUACUGCCUCAGCUUGAAAUCAAAAUCACUUUAAACACCGUGUACAGUAAUGACAUUAUACAGGUAUCUGUCUUGGUUUAGCAAGGCCAAUUCUCAUUCCCUUUUAAUGUACUUUACAAAUACAUGCAUACGAAUAAGCAUGUUUACACACCAGUACGCUGCAUUAACAUACCAAUUACACCCACGCUUAUAUACAGAAACAUACGUUGAGAGUGACGGUCCAUUCUGAUGCUCACAGCCAGAUUCGGCUCAAAUGGUAUUCACAAGUAAUUUUUAGUUCUCGUUUAGUAUAACUGUUAAGUGCUGGAUAGGUAGGUUGCCCAAAUCCAGACAGUUCAGAUAAUUAGAAUAGUGUCAGAAAGGUACACUAAAUUGAUUUUCAAACGCUUCCCUGUGAUCGUCUAAACUUUCUGGUACUCCUACACGGCAAAUCCCACCCACCUGGCAUUCCAGGUAGACUGAAAGACACCUGAACUGUUUUGCAAAUACUUCAUGUCCCAAAGUCUGCUCAUGACAGCCUGCGUGACGCCCUUUGUUUGCAGCAGUGUUUGCUCAUUCACACACAUUACACCUCAGGUAUCCAAACCAAGAGGACACUCCAAAGGGGCCUUUGACACUUGACCAUCCCAACUACUACCAGUGACUAGUGCGAAUCACUGCUCCGAGCACUAAGUGGUGUUUAAUACCCAAUAUGCCUGAUUUGGGAGACCAAAAAGACCAUUUUUUCUUAAUCCCAUUUUUUCCCCCCCCAAAUGACAGAAGGUGAUGUAUUGCGUACAACAAAGUCUAUGAACUUGGUUGGUCAGAUUAUGAUUUGCCUUUAGAACGGGUACCCCAGCCUCCAUCUGAAUAAAUGCUGAGCCACUGGCUCAUGUCCUUUUGUGCAUGUAUUUGAUAGGAAUCAGAAAGGGUUUAUUGUAAGUUUUAUUUGUUAUGAAAAUGCCGGUACUUGGACGCAGUUUAUUUGUGUGUGUACAUUUACACAGGAAGGCUGACUGCGGUGCUCAAAAACUUCCUCAUCACUUCCCCUUUUUGCUUUUUUUGUAUAUAAAUUGAAGCAGAAAGAGGGAAAAUAACUGUCUUUAUUUCUAUGUUGACUCAAAGGCUAAGUUAGUUCAAUCCUGUACAUAAUAAUUGCUGCCAUUGCUUUGUAAAUGGCUUUGUCAUAAGGCUGCUGUACAAUAUUGUGAUAUAUGGCAGAACAAGGAACCAGUGCCCGGAUGCCGUAGCUGCAUUUUUUUUUAUUUUUAUGGAUCACUGAAUGUUUCUGUGUGAUCUGUAGUGGCCAACAGUGUGAUCACCAGUCCAGACUGGGUCCAAAUAGCUGUUACAAAUAGCUCUCCGUGUUUGUUUUUAACAUACUUAGAAUACCAAAUGUGCAGCUCUAGUCUCUCUUCUAAUUUACCACAAAGGGAAGGCAAUGUUCUAUUUAAAAGUUAUCUUUAUAUACUGUUCUGUGGCUUAGGAAUUACCUGACUCGAUACAAACUGCCCCACUGUUACGCACCUCCCAUCCGGUGCUCCCAAGUAAAGCAAGACAAAGUUGCAUAAAACGGUUAUUUGUAAAUGCUAUUUAACCCAAAGGUGCAAUUUUUUCUUUCAUUUUUUUAUGUUGCCCUCUCUGCUUUUGGGUAUGGAACAAUCUGCACCUGGACCUGACUGGUACACGUGUUGGUCAUGUGAUCUGCACAAGCAUCGUUUUAUUCACCUGGAUGUGUUCUGGGAGAAUCACAUGACCUGUCUAACCACGCGCACACACACCCCUGUUUGUACCGUGCUAUAAUGAUUGUACUGUUCUUUGAAUCCUUUUUUCUGAUUGAGAUAGUUUCGAUUAUUCUACAGAUUUAUUUUGAUUGACAUAAACUUCUGACUGUCAUUGACGCCAAAGUCCGAUGUUUAUCAAUCUCCCCGUCAGUCCCUUUGUUCAAACAAACCAUUGUAGAUUAGUCAUUCCUGUUAAAAGGUUGAUUGUUAAGCCCCAAAACAUCGACCUUCAGUGGUCAUAAUUUAAAGAAAGGUCAAAUGGAUGAGUUUCAUUCCAAAACACGAUGUCCUCCAUUCAGGGAAAGGAGGGUUUUGUUAUUGUUUUUUUCACUACACAUAUAUGAAUUGUUUUAAAUUAGUCCUACUCUUUAAGAGCAGUGGGUAACUUCGAGUCCUUUGUUGACAGAUCAGUGACCCUUUUACAGACCAGAUCCUCUGUUUCAACUUUCUGUGAUAUUGAUCGAUGAGUUUCAAAGAUUGUCUAUUUCCCCCCCUUGAAAUUGACUAAUUACAUUCUGGAAUAAAACUCCUCCACCACACACACA